CACUCCUGCAUCGCCAGUUCCAACGUACGUUAGCUGGGUAAUAUGUGGAGCCGUGCGCAGCGCGACUUGGACCCUCCAUUUCAAGGCUGCGCCUGCGUGACUCUCUUUUCUCUGUCUCUUUUGCGUCGUUGUUUUGUAUAUACGUUCGUUCCUGUUUCAGUCACACGGUCGACAUGAUCGCUCGGGCUUUGUCUUUCCUUCUGAUACCCUUCUUGUUCGCCGUUAUUGUGUAUUCCAAAUGUGCACCAAAGCCGUUGCUGCUUCCCAUCAGCGAUGUAGAGCUGUCUGCUGGAGCCAAUGUUCGAGGCGUUGGACUUGCAGUAGGCACCCCUUCCAAAAACAUAUCUUUCCUCGUCAAUGCCGGGAGGAACGAGACCUACAUAUAUGGACAAGACGGGCUAUGCGAUGAUAGCUUCUCCGAUGCUGGCUGUUUCACCUACCGCGGCGGACAAUAUGAUAUCUCGAAAUCGUCAACGGCCUCAAAGGUUGACAACUACCGUGACAAUGAUGGCACAAGUGCAGAUUGGUUCAAGGACAAUUUGUUUGCUCAACCGGAUCUUCCUAUCAAUGGUAUCACCAUUGGUGUACCCAAGAAGGACUUGGAUCAGCAGUACAAGCCGCAAGCUCAGUUGGGCGUUGGCAAAAAUUCGUCAUUCUUAAUCUUCUUGAAAGAAGCCGGGAAGAUUGGAGCGCGUGCGUAUUCCAUUUUCUGGGGGCUCGCUUCUGGUCCUGCUGAUCAGCAGACGACUGGAUCACUGAUACUGGGCGGCAUCGAUGAAGCGUUAACGGGAGUUGACACCAAGAAGUUCACGUCGGGCUUCACGUACGACUUUACCUGCGGGACUGGUAUGCUCGUAGCCUUGAACGACAUAUCUUUGAAUUGGCCGAAUGGUACAGAUACCAGUAUCUUCCUGGGACAACGAUCCACUGUUAUGCAAGCCUGCCUUCAACCGGACUACCCCGGUCUCAUGACUAUGCCUCUCAAGCAUUGGGAGAACUUUGUCAAACUGGCGGGAGGAAAUUAUCCUGGUGGUGUGGAGUCUCGAGCACUCGGGUUCAAUUUCUGGACUAUGCUCUUCGAACCCGAAGGAGUCUUCUAUGGCGAUUUGACACUCUCACUGCAGAACAGCAUCUCCAUCCGAAUACCCAAUACUCAACUUGUGGUACCGGACAAGUAUGUCGACGUUUCCACCGGGAAAGUGCGGACAAACGAGACGGUGCGGAAUCUGCCCAUCGAUCCGAUUCAAGAGAUUAACCAGAACGACCUUCCAAUCCUUGGGCGGCUGUUCUUCACCUCUGCUUAUCUAAGUGUUAAUCAUGAGACGGAAACAUUUCUAUCUGGCAGGCCGUAAAGAAUCCAGGAAAACCUAAACCAAGAGCAUUAACUGCGGAGAAUACCAUUGCAACUGAAAUCUGUUCCGAACAAGGCGCUGAACAACCCACUCCUCCCGAUCCAACACCAGUACCCAGCUCUGACCCUGUAUCUCAACAACCAGCAAGCAAGACAAAAUUCUCGGGCCCGGUCAUUGGGGGUAUCGUUGCGGGCGCCGUUGGAGCGAUAGUGCUCCUGGUCGGCACAGCAUUCAUCGUGCUAAGAAUGCGAAUGCGACGCAAGGCCCGUGAAAAAACCGUGAAUGCGGCGGAUAAGCCCCCUACGCCGCCUUAUCACAGUCGGCCAAAUAUACUGGCCAUCCCCUCCGAAAUGCCAGCGACCAUGAAGUAUGCGCCCGAAUUG